GAAUAUGGUUUGCCACAAAAUCAAUGUUGCGAUUCUCUUCUUACGACGCGAUUUCAAUAAAGUUGUAACCAGAGAAGAUCAAGUAUUUCCUCCGAGCGCAGCUCACUUCCUCCGUGCAGCCUGAACUUUGAGCUCUGUUGGGCGCUGCAUGUAAGCAACAGGAGCUCUCGCUGCCGUACAUUCCUGACACGCCGCACUCAUGGGAUCUCAGAAUUUCGACCACAUUGUGAUUGGAGCAGGAAUCCAAGGGUCCUUUACAGCCUAUCACCUCGCCAAAAACAAACAGAAAACCCUUCUGCUUGAGCAGUUCAUUCUCCCUCACUCUCGUGGGAGCUCUCAUGGACAAUCACGCAUCAUCAGAGAAGCAUACCAUGAAGACUACUAUACAUGCAUGAUUCCUGAAUGUUAUCGGCUCUGGGCUGAAGUAGAAGCUGAAGCCAGUAUUAACAUAUUCAGAAAAACUGGACUGUUAGUCAUUGGUGCUGAAGAGGACAGGGACUUCCAAGGCAUCAGAAGAGUACUGCAACAGGAAAACUUGACACGUGAACAGUUUGCUAAGCGCUUUUCAUCUGUCCAGUUACCAGCGGGAAAAUCUGUAGUAGUUGAUGAGAAUGCUGGGGUACUGUUUGCUGACAGAGGACUCAAAUCUGUGCAGGCUCUGUUUCAGAGAUUUGGUGGUGUAAUUCAUGAUGGUGAGAGAGUCAUGGAAAUUAUACCUGGUUCAACUAUUACUUUAACAACCAGCAAUGGCAAGUACCAAGCCAGAAGUGUAGUGAUCACCGCAGGACCCUGGGCCCAAAGCCUGCUAACCAGCAUUGGGAUUGAACUGCCUCUACAGACUCUAAGAAUUAAUGUAUGCUACUGGAAGGAAAAAAUCCCUGGCACAUAUGGAAUACAGAAGAAUUUCCCAUGUUUCAUAGAUCUCAGAGCUCUGGGCAGCCAGGAUGAUGUGUAUGGUCUGCCUUCUAAUGAGUACCCUGGGCUGAUGAAGAUUUGCCUUCAUAGUGGAACACCAAGUCAGCCAGAUGAAAGAGACAAGAAUCCCUCAGAUGAGGACAUCAAGAUGGUUUCUGACUUUGUCUCCAAAUAUUUUCCUGGUCUAGUGCCUGUCCCAGCAGUGAUGGAGCACUGCAUGUACACGGUUACUCCAGACAAGGAUUUCAUAUUGGACCAUCACCCCAGCCACAGUAACAUUGUCAUUGGAGCUGGAUUUUCAGGUCAUGGCUUUAAAUUUGCACCAGUCAUUGGGAAAAUCCUGUCAGAGCUGAGCCUAGGAUCUCAGCCGUCGUAUGACAUUUCAUCUUUCAAGAUAUCAAGAUUCUAAUCCUUUGUGAAGUCCACUCUUUGAACCAAUUCACUGUGCUGUCAGGCUUUGUCCUACUAGUGCCAGGUGUGGCACAUAGCUCAGCUACAAAUUACAAUCUUUGUUAACAUGAUGAUAUAAUCUUUUUUUUUAGGUUUAAUGACCCUGUCUUUUAAGUAAAGGGACUAAACCGAAUGCUUGUUAUGGUUGUCACUGAACUUGGUCAUCCUACAACAUACUCGCUCCUAGUUGUGAUGCAGCUUGCCUGAGGAAUGAGUGAUCCUGUCGUGAUUCAGCAGCAGAGUGCAGUUAAUGUCACUGAGGUGAGUGAGAGAGAAGGGCACAGUAGCAAAGUAAAGUCUAUUUUCGUUGUGUUUACCAUUGCCAUAAAUGAUAAAAUGAAGCUUUAGUGAUGAGCCUGCAAAGGCUGCUUCACGCAACCAGUAUUUCGAAUUCUGGAUGUUUAAGUUCUUCUGGAAUAAAUGGCCCCUAUAAGUAACAAAACUAGACACCACAAAACUGGAAAAAAAUUACUGAAGUGUGAGAGAUUAGACCAAUUAUGCCCAAAGGCAGCAAGUGUACAAAAAGAAGCAGGACAAGUUAAAGGAAUAAUUUGGACUUUGUCCUUCCUAUCCUUCCAUAUUAGGCAGAGGUCCUGACGUCAAUGUGGUUCACUUCAUCAUUAGUGGUAUACCUGCAUUAUAACAUGAAGCCGCACAAAUAUCGGUGUGUGGAAUAUCACAGUGUCACUUGCCGCAUGAUGCUGACAUACCAGAAAACAGCAUUACCACCCAAAAGAAAGGAGAUGAGAAUAAAUGACAAGUAGCAUACAAAACACAGCAAACACCAUCUUAAAGUGGCACCUGAAACAAUAAGUUACCAUCCUUCAAAGGAGCUGUGCAACAUCCUGAUGGAGUCUAAGCAGUGGGUGCAGGGUUGGCUGUGUUUCCUAAAAAAUCAUUUUAACAUAACAAUUCCCAUCAUUUCAAGGCAUAUAAUAAUAAACAACUAGUACUUGAGAUAUCAUGCUGGAAUGUCCUCUUUUAGUCUAGCACAAAAAUGUUGAAACACAAAGUGGAGGACCGAGUUUGCUCUGCAUACAAACCUUGUCGUCUCCAUCAAGAAGUAGUUCAUUACUGUCAGACGUGUAAACUUAUGUCUAUCCCAAGUCAAAAGUAAGAUUUCAUCUUCCAAGUAUCUUUCUCUAACAAUGUUCAACUUUCCCAAGAGACUAACUUUAAAUGAUCUUCUCUCUUUCAAGAAGUCAUCCCACUUCCAUCUCACUGAGAUCAUUUCCAAAAUAAGUCUCCUCCACCUUUUUGAAGCUUACUUCCGUACAUUUUGCUUCUCUCUCUGCUCUCUUAUAAAUAUUUAAUUUCAAUAUUCCUAAAAUCAUUGUCAAACAGUUUGUUUACUUAUUAUCUCAACAAGGGGUCAUCCAAAUGAUUGUCCUCCACGUCCUAACAAAAAAUAUCUGAACAAUUUACCUGCCACAAUCAGGCCAAAGAUCUUCUUAGAACAAUUUUAUUCCUAUACAAUAAAUUUUACUUUUAAGGUAGUUUCUGAACAAGUGGCAUUCAUAUACAAAAACAUCACUUCUUGAUAAUCUUCAAUCAUCUUGAUAUUAAUAAUUCCACCCCAUUUAGAUCACUCCUUAAGUAUCUGAGAUGACAUUUUCAAACCCACUUUGUUGAAUUUAAUUCAGGGUAUGUGUUUGCCAGGUUGCAGGGAGAGGGUGUGGUGGAGGACCUAUCUUGGCGACAAUAGGUACAAGGAAGUAGCCAACCCUGAACAGAGCAAGGAUGUCUCACCCAGACUCACAUACGACAAGACUGGAGUGACCAAUUAUGUGAACAAUUUAAUUUUUGGGAACACAAGAGGAAAACCCAUAGCAACAUGGGAAGAACUGUAAUGACCAGGAUUUGUGAUGAAGCAGUGCUUAAUCAUUCUGCCACCAUGUAUCUUAGAUCAUUUUUGACAAAUCCAUCUUCUUUAACCUCCUUGGCAUUAAGCCUGAGUGCAGCUCUGACUUGGAAUUCUGUGUAAUUAUGGUUAAGCCUUAGCCAGACUCUGGGUGAUAUUUAAUGAAUCUCUUUACAGUGUAAAGUCCGAUUAACUCUUAGGACAAUAUUCUGAUGCCAUCUAUUGGAUAAAAUAAAACUAUGCUGCAAAAAGUCAUGAAUAUUUCUAUGCUUUCUGCCACUCUAAGGUAACUCAGCAAUAUUCAUGGAGCAAAGCUUUCAACCAAAAUACAAAGACAUGUAAAGGAGAAGCUGUAAAGCCAGUCUGAGAAUAAACUGGAACUGAACCAUUAGUUGAGUCAAGUGAUAGUAUUACAAAGUGAAAUGGUCAUCAGCCAUUGACACAGAUAGUGAAGCUGAUGCUUACAGCACUGUAUGCCUGAAUCGCCAUGAUACGCCUGGUGAAUCUGGUCAUCUGAAGGUACACUGUGGGCCACGUAGCUGUAUGACAACAAUGUAAAAUGACUGCAAUCAAGUAGAAAGACAAGAAAGGCCCUCAUUUAUAAUGAAUCAACUGCUGUUUGUGUUGGGGAAAUGUGGAAGUCACAAAGUCUUGCACUGUGAUCCCCUACAAUAACACAAGGGGGGCAUUGAAUGUGCACUGUCAUCCUAACCCCUCAUGUGCAAGCAACUAAAAAAUAUUAUAAGAAAGCUGUGCAAG